AUGACCCCUUUCCGCCAGCGCUUGUUGCCUUCACUCUUAGACGAAAUCGCCGCAGCGGACCCAGGCCGCAUUCUCUACUCCGUGCCACGUACAAACUACCCCAAGGAUGGCUUUGUUGAUAUUGACGCGAAGACGUUUGCUCGUGCAGUUGACCGCUGCGCCUGGUAUAUUGAGGAUACCAUCGGGCGGGGAGAGGGCUUUCCCACCUUGACAUACCUGGGACCUCAAGACAUUGUUUAUGGAAUCUUGCUUCUGGCUAGCGUAAAGACGGGCUACAAGCUGCUUCUGAACUCGGCCCGCAAUACUCUCGAGGCACACUUGAGACUUCUUGAGCAGACUGAGUGCAACACUUUCUUGCAUCCUCCCAGUUAUUAUCCACUUUCGGUAGUUGAAAAAAUUCUAUCCGCCAGAAAAAUGCGUGUAGUCGACAUUCCGGGGCCGGAGCACUGGUUGGAGGAUGGCCAUGCACUACAGUAUACUUGCAACAAAUCAUUCGCAGAGGCUAGACUUGAACCGUUCACGAUCCUGCAUACGUCUGGAUCUACGGGCAUGCCAAAGCCCAUCACGCAGACACACGCCACCGUGGCAGCUCAAGAUGCUCUGGCAAGCCUGCCAUCACUAGGCCUCGAGCCUGGCUUUCCAGCGAUGUGCACAGGCACGCGAAUGUACAUUGCAGUUCCGAUCAUCCAUUGUGCAGGGCUCUUGAUGUUUCUCUCUGCAAUCUACGCUAAAUACACGGUAGUUUUAGGCCCUUUUCCACCAUCGGCGGAGGUGAUCAACGCGGUUCACGUCCACGGCAAUGUGCAACACAGUGUUCUUUCUCCAGCAAGCCUAGUUGAUCUGGUCGAGAAUUUAGAAUACCUGGACAAUCUAACUCUGCUGAAACAAGUUACGUACGGCGGGGGACCACUGCCGAAGGAAAUCGGGGAGAUAGUCAGCACAAGAACACGACUAUUUGCUGCUCUAGGGUCGACCGAGUGUGGACCUAUCGCGUCCGUAUUGAACGAGCCUCAGGAUUGGGCUUACCUGCGCAACUCUCCCGUGCUUGGAGACGAGUUUCGUGAGAUAUCGAAAGGAUUGUAUGAGCAUAUAAUCGUUCGCGACCCGAAGUACGAGGCUUUUCAGGGUGUCUUCGGGACUUUCCCGGCUUGCAGGAAUGAGGGCAGAGUAGACGACGUUAUUGUGUUUUCAACGGGCGAAAAACUGAACCCCAUCGAUAUGGAAAACGACAUUAAUAAGAACCGUUCUGUCAGCUCAGCACUAGUCACUGGCGUUGGACGGUUCCAGUCAGGCCUACUAAUUGAGGCUGUCAAACCGCCAACCAGCGAUAUUGACAAGAAUGAGCUGCUCAGUAUAAUCUGGCCAUCUGUAGAGGCUGCGAACAAGCAAAGCCCCUCGCAUGCACGCAUACACCGGGACAUGGUCAUUUUUACAACAACUCAGAAGCCUAUGCUUAGAGCUGGUAAAGGUACUGUGCAGCGCCAACUGACGAUCGAGAUGUACGCAGAUGAGCUCAAUGCGCUGUAUGAAGCGAGCGACGAAACGUCCUCUAUUUUCACGGAUGCGGCGACCGAAGACUACCUGAUCGAUGACGCCGAAAGUACUAAAAAGUACGCAGAUGCGAAGGAGUUUGUAAGCGACGGCUGUAACGUAUCUGUUGCCUUGAAAAAUAUGAUUGCUCAGGCCACGGAAAUCGACGUGAAUCAAAUAUCGCCUGAUACAAACCUCUUCGAGCUGGGUCUAGAUUCCCUACAGGUGAUUUUAAUUGCCAAGGAAAUCAAAAAGCUAUUAUUCGACCGUGGCGUACGGCAGAAAUUCGAAGCUAAGACCUUGUACUCGAACCCCAGCAUAUCUUCACAUGCUUGUGCUAGAGAGCCAGCGCCAGUCGCUUUGGAAGGAGCAGUCGUUCUUCUUACGGGAUCCACAGGCUCCCUAGGGUCGUAUGUCCUUGACUUGCUGCUGAGGAAUAUAGCGAUUAGGCAUGUGUACUGCUUAAACCGCGGUCCCGAGAGUGGUCGUCGCCAGAAAGAAUCGCAAUCUGCGAAGAAACUGCAAGCACUUGCCGAUAAUGUCGAGUUCUACACUGCAGAUCUAUCCAGGCCAUACUUUGGCCUGGCGAUUAAGGAGUAUCGGAUACUCUUACGGGAAGUCACAAUAGUCAUCCACAACGCUUGGCAGGUUGAUUUCAACCUCAACAUCGACUCGUUCGCGGAUCAUAUUGGCGCGGUGAGACGGUUCAUUGAUUUCUCCACGCAAUCCAGAUAUGGCGCGAAAAUCACCUUUGUUUCCAGUGUCAGUACCCUUGGAGGAUUAUUGCACAACUCGGCGCACGGUGCGCCGAACUUGGAGAGGAUGUUUGACGAUUGGGAUGCACCAGAACCGACAGGUUACGGACAAUCCAAGUUCAUAGCAGAACGACUGCUUGAUACGGCAGCCAGAGAAGCGGAAGUGCCUGCGAUACUUCUCCGUGUAGGUCAAGUGGCGAGCCCGACAACAGACGCUGGCAUAUGGCCAAAGCAGGAAUGGCUACCCAGCUUGAUUGCCAGUUCGAGGUUUCUGGGUGAACUACCCCCAUCGAUCGGGAAAGUGAGCGCGAUUGACUGGAUCCCUGUCAAUGACCUCAGUCAUAGUAUCGUGGAGAUUGCUACUAGCCAAUCGGCGGCGAAACUGACUGAACAGGGCGCGGUAGUAUACCACGUUGUUAACCCACGAAAGACAAGCUGGGAAACAUUAGCAUCCAUCUUCCAGAAGUACUGGGCCAGCGACAAAGCUGUCAAAAUGGUGUCUCUGGAGACGUGGGUUGAAUCGUUGCGCAAGAGCGCGUCGGCGUUCAGCGUCGAAACCACGUCACAAAAUCCGGCAGUCAAACUGCUAGACUUCUUUGAAGGGCUAGUGUCAGACAGUGCGGGUCCUCCUGUGCUGAAUACUCGAAACGCUAUUGAAGCGUCGCCAACUCUCGCGGGUAUGGAUGAGAUACAGACAUGGCACAUUGAAAAUUGGAUGAGACAAUGGGGCUUCUGA